AUGGCUGGACAUGGCUCCUCCGAGAAGGUCGUCAUGUACCUGGGCCUUUUUGCCUCAAGCUCGUGCUGUGCUUUGGGAUAUCCGUGUUCAGAUGAAACUUUGGUGCUCCUGGCGUUCCGUGCUACGUGCGUCGGGUACUUCACCUGCAUGCUGGUUGGCCUCCUGCUUGGUGCUUGUGAGACCGCCCGUCACAUCCUCCGGGCAGGUCUUCUGAUCAACUCGCUGUCUUCCUGGCUGGUCUCAGCUUACUGGUGCGUCGGCUUUGGCGAGUGGUGCAUUUUGAUGCUCUGCGAGCAUGCUUUUGUGGGUUUUGGGACCAUGGUGCUGGUCCGCAGCUACGUUCAUCUUCAUCUGAUGUUUACAGCUGCCGGAUCGCUGGUGUGCUAUCUUGCUCGCCGGCAAUCAUCAGAGCAGUCAUACGAGCUUGGCAAGUUCUGGGUCGCCGGAACGGUCACGGUCGUUAUGAUCUUGGUUGGUGGCAUCAUGUACUCUGGCCAUUCAAGCAUCGCCUUCCUCCAGCGGAAGCUCGCUCUCGUGUUGUCCAUUGUCUCGAUGUCGGAGAAGGAGCUGUUGAGCGGGGACAGCACCCUCCUGACGACUCCGCCGAAUCUACCGAAUUUGAGCCGGUCGAGCACAGGUACCCCGACAAGUUGUUCCGGUGUUGACGGCUUGGAGCUCGAGGAGUGCAUAGGUGCCGGCUCCUUUGGCAAGGUCUAUUCUGCGACGUAUCUGGGGAAGAGAGCUGCAGUGAAGAUCAUGAGCUGGGAGGGAGAGCAGCUCAAGCGCAUUGAUCCUGUGAGAGAGGCGAAGCUGUGUCUGCGAAUGGUCCACCCGAACCUGGUUCAGGCUUUCAACUUCGUUCAGCGCGAUUCCUCAUCCGAGGUCUUUGCGAAGAAGUCUUGGAAAGAGAUUUGGAUCAUCCAGGAGUGGUGCGACCGUGGGACCCUCUGCAAGUACUGCGAUACUCCGCGAUUCGAUGAGACGGGCUUGAGGCAAGUCAAAAGCAUCAUGCUCGAUGUCGCCAAGGCUUGCGAAUACCUGCACUCCCAGGAAAUUAUCCAUGGAGAUCUCACGUCCAACAACGUGCUGCUGCAGACGAGGCCUGCUUCGGAUCCUCAGGAGCUCGGCUUCGUUUGCAAGGUCUGCGACUUUGGGCUCGCCCGGGUCCUGGAGGAAGGCGUCUCGACGCUUCUGACCUCCCAGCUCGGCACAGUCUCCCACAUGCCACCGGAGUUGAUCCGGAUGGAGAACAGAAGGUUAACCAAGAAGGUGGACAUUUACGCCAUGGGCAUCCUCCUUUACCAAGCCUUGCUUGGAAGACUGCCCUUCGCGGGAAAGAUGGCGCCACAGAUCAUCAUCUUCAUCGCGAGCGGAAAAAGGCUUGAACUCGAUGAUCAAGUGCCACAAGAUGUUCGACGGAUAUUUUCGGAUUGCACUGCACCGCUUCCGGAAGCAAGGCCGUGUGCCGAGGAGCUGGUCCGGCGGUUCAGCUAA